UUGUUUAAAACUAAGAGAGACAAAACUAAAUUUUAAAUAAGGCGGCUAUAGGUUGACCAUCUGCUAUCGCGUUCAAAAACCUAACCUUGAAUUUCAUUAACCUUAGCAGUGAUAAAUGUUAUAGGUCUAAUAUUGCUUCAUAUAUAGUCGCCAGUUAGUUCGGUUUCGUUAAACAUUAAAUUAGUUUUACUCGUCUCAUUUUUUUAAGGUUUAUUUCAAUUUUAAAAGGGAAAAAUGGAGAUCAACUUUAUGGGUAAACGAACUUUGGUAACUGGAGCUAGUCAAGGUAUUGGUCGUGAUUUGGUUAAAAAACUAGCGGCCUGUGGAGCUAAAGUGGUAGCUAUAGCGAGAAACAAAGAAGCUCUAGAAUCUCUACAAAAAGAAGUUCCAUCCAUUGAAAUAUUUGCUGCAGAUCUGUCAGAUUGGAAGAAAACCGAAGAAGUUCUUAAACGAGUAGGUGAUUUGGACUUGGUUGUAAACAAUGCCGGACUGGCCAUUUUAGGACCUUUGACAGAGGUCAAAGAAGAAGAUUUUGAUAGAGUAUUUGCCAUCAAUAUAAAAUCAGUGAUCAACAUCACAAAGUAUGCAAUCAAAAACAUGAUUGAUAGACAAGUUCCCGGAUCGAUCGUCAACGUCUCCUCUCAAGCGUCCCUGGCAGGUUUAAACGAUCACUCUGUAUAUUGUGCAUCAAAAGGAGCAGUAGACGCCUUUACACGAGCUACUGCCUUAGAAUAUGGGCCUAAAGGAAUUAGGAUUAAUUGCGUGAAUCCUACCGUUAUCAUGACUGAUAUGGGAAGACUUGGCUGGUCCAAGCCGGAAGUUGCUAAUCCGUUUUUGGAAAGAAUACCGUUAAGAAGGUUCGGAGAAGUGGAUGAAGUAAUCAACUCCAUUAUAUUUUUGCUAAGCGAUAUGUCUUCUAUGACCACUGGAACAUGUUUGCCGGUCGAUGGCGGCUUUUUGGCGGUUUAGUGUAAUAAAACUGAUUGGUGCUAUAAAUUUGUUUAAAAAUUUAACUCUAAUUGAAUGUUGUGUUUAUCCUUUAAAGUUGUAUGAACUAGCUUUUCCUCUCCUUUAUACACUUCCUGUCGAAUAAUGUAAAUUAUAAUUGAUAUAAAAAAUAUAAAAAUCUUA